CAGUCGCGACAACAUGGAGGCCAGUGGCAUGUCUGCUCUCGAACUGUGAGUGGGUCCGGGAGCAGCACAGUAACCGACAGUGCGCGAGUUGAGUGUCGAGUGCAGUGCCGCAGCGAUAAGGAAGGCGGCGUGCCUGCGCAACAGCUGUGCGCGCGGCACAUGUCAUCUGCCGCAAGAAGGCUGGUGGUGAGGUCUCCGCUCGCAGCCGUCGCCGCUCCGGCGUCCUAGCAUGCCGCCCCCGCCUCCCACGCCCCUGCCGCCUUGGGCGUGGCUCGCACUGGCCGUCCUCGCGGUCGUACAGGCGGGACCGGUGAUGCCACCGCUGGUGUUCGACGACCCGUGGGACGUGACGGGCGGGCGGCCGAGCUACGGGGUGCUGUCCAACGAUAGCCGGUCGCAGCAGGCGCUGCUGGCGCCGCGCAACGCCACCCACGACCUGCCGCCCACGCCCUCGCCGGAGGACAUCGAGCGCGAGACGCGCCGCCAGUUCGAGAUGAUGAAGAUCAACUACACGCGGCUGCUGCAAGAGCUGGAGGAGGACAUGCAGAGCGGGCGCAACCUGCCACUACCGCGGCUCGUCGACAAGGCGCUGCGCCUCUUCAACCUGCGACAGGUCGUCCAGGAGGUCGAGACGAGCGUCAUGUCCAAGGUCUCCUGCACCGCCUGCAAGGCAGGUGCCGGACUGUUGCAGCACUAUAUCCGUAUGGGUAAAACGAGGGAUGAUAUCGUGAAGAUCACGAACCAGUUCUGCAUCAGCCUGAAGAUACAGACACCGCGCGUCUGCGAGGGCAUCACGGAGCUGUUUGGGGGUGAGGUGGUGUACGUGCUGCAGAGGGUGCAGCUCACGCCGGAGGAGAUCUGCAGCUUCGUGAUCGGCGACGCGUGCGGUGACGUGUACAACCCGUACCACGAGUGGAAGGUCGCCUUUCCGCCAGUCCCCAAACCGCCCGUCACGCCUCUCCCCGUUCCCGUCGCUGGUGCAUCAACAUUUAAGGUACUGCAUUUGUCAGACACUCACUUUGACCCAUACUACCAGGAAGGCACCAAUGCUGACUGCAAUGAACCAUUGUGUUGUCGGCUCACUAAUGGACCUGCACUGAAACCACAAGGUGCUGCAGGACGAUGGGGUGACUACCGAAAGUGUGACACCCCACAUCGCACAGUCGAUAAUAUGCUUCAGCACAUUUCCAGUGCUCAUCCGGACAUUGAUUAUAUACUGUGGACCGGUGAUUUACCUCCUCAUGAUGUUUGGAACCAAACAAGAGAAGAAAAUUUAAUGGUAUUAAAGGAAACUGUCAACCAGUUGUUAAAAACAUUUCCAGGAGUUCCAAUAUUUCCAGCAUUGGGUAAUCAUGAAAGUGCUCCAGUGAAUAGUUUCCCACCACCAUAUGUGCACGAUGAUUUCUCCAUAUCAUGGCUCUAUGAUGAAAUUGACAACCAGUGGCGACAGUGGCUGCCCUCAUCAGUAUCACAUACGGUUCGACGAGGUGCUUUUUACAGUGUGCUAGUACGACCUGGUUUUCGUGUGAUUUCCUUAAAUAUGAACUACUGCAAUAACAAGAAUUGGUGGCUACUACUAAACAGCACUGAUCCUGCAAAAGAGCUGCAAUGGUUCAUUUAUGAGCUACAGAGUGCAGAAUUUAAUGGAGAGAAAGUACAUGUCAUUGGUCAUAUCCCUCCUGGACACAGUGACUGCCUUAAAGUUUGGAGUCGAAAUUAUUAUAAAAUAAUUAAUAGAUAUGAGUCAACAAUAACAGCACAGUUCUUUGGGCACACUCAUUUUGAUGAAUUUGAACUCUUUUAUGAUACAAAUGAACCUGGGCGUCCUACGAGUAUUGCAUAUAUAGGACCGUCAGUGACACCAUAUUAUAAUUUGAAUCCUGGAUACAGAAUAUAUUAUGUUGAUGGUGAUCAUCCAAAAACAACAAGGUCAGUCAUUGACCAUGAAACUUGGGUCAUGAACCUGAAGGAAGCUAACCUGUAUGAUUAUCCAAUAUGGUACAAGCUGUAUAGUACCAGGUCAGCAUAUCAAAUGCCAUCACUAACACCACAAGAAUGGGACAACUUUCUCAAUAAGUUGCCAACAGAUGCUGCUUUGUUUGAUCUCUAUUACAAGCAUUAUUGGAAAAACUCACCUGUGAGGCCAUCAUGUGAUCCAGAAUGCAAGAAACGCAUGGUGUGUGACCUGAAAUCAGGCAGAUCACAUGACCGUCGCAGUUUGUGCCAAGAGCUGGAAAGCCGUAUUGAUUCAACAACAAAAACAGGAUGGCGAGCAUGGCUCUACAAUGGCCUGGCCUUAUCGUACGUCAAUUAUUUGUUAGGCUUCUUCUGGGUGGGGGAUGCAGCAACAUCUGUUUCACCCUGAUUACUGGUGUUCAAGAUAGCAUGGGUUCUGGGAUGCAGCAGGUGGUGGGGGCAUUUUGCCAAUUUUCUAAGUGAUUCUUUCAUUGAAUUCAUUUUAAGUUUACAUCUUAUAACUUGUGAUAAGUGUAAUGUAUGACAUAAAGCAUGUAACUGCUUGCUUGCAUCAGUUUGCUUGCUGCAUACACCAAAAAUAAUGUGGGUGGUGGCAUGCAAUUUUCACUUGUACAGCAAAACAGACCAAUGGAUUUAUGUGAAAUAAUGGACUGUAACAUGUAUUACAUAAUUAUUUAUGGCUGUGACUGAAUUAACAUAUUCGUUCUGAUGAUUCAAGAGUAAUAUUACUUUUCUUAGUGGUUAUUAAAAGCACAGUGUUGAUGAUAGCAGAAGAGUGAAGUGCUAGGAUGGAUGCUGAAUUAGCUAAUAAUAGUACAUAAUUAUUGUCACUGAUAUCUGUUAAGCUAUUUUAAGUAAUACAAAAUGUUCUAAAUGUAAUGUUACAUUUAAUGUUUAUGAGUUUUAGAAAACUUGAGUUAUUCUUGUUUAUUUACUGUAGGCUGAAAAAUGUUGUAGUCUGUAGAUUAAUAGCAUCAGGAAGACAUACAUUUUUCAUUUUUGAGUUGAGGAGGGGAGACAAAUUGAAUAUUAGCUGAGUGCAUGAAGCUUCAUAUAGUUACAGUCUUCUACUAAUAAGUGACACAUCAAAAAUGACCAAGAAUGUAACAAAUAUCUUACACAAGGUCAAUGUGCAUGUCAGUUUUUGUGUACAGAAAAUUAAGAAACAUUUUUCUGCUUAUUUCUUCAUUCAAAUUUUGUUCAUCAAUUCCAUUACACUACUGUAAUGAAGUUACUGGUAGAAAUUUUUUUGUGUCACUGUUUAUCUGAGAUGCACUAUCAUUGUUCACUCUCAGUUGUGUUUUAGCUGCUCCUAUUCCUCUGCUUGGAAGAGGCCACAAAAUAGUAGUAAUGUGAAAGCACAUAAAAAUAUAUGAACAUGUGUAGCUUGUUAAAUAAUUAUCAGGGUAUGCUGUAUGUUAGUUGCUAAAUGAGACUGUGACUUGAAACAACUUUGUUUCAUUCCUACAUUGUUUUGAAACAUGGCUGGUAUCACUAACGGUGUUCUGUGCAUUCUGUUUUUGACUUAACAAUGUUUAUUUCUAUGGAAAUAAUAUUAUGCUUAACAUACGGAGCACAGGAUUCUUUAAGAGACUGACAACUCCCACCGAACUGUUGUGAUGGAUCAGUCAUAAGCUGAGCAGUGAAAAUAUAUUUCUUCCAGUAGCAGGAUAACAUCUGCAGGCUUUAUGUGGUAUGCCAAUUGAGGUAAAUUUUAAGUAAGUAGAUCUAUAAAAUUCAAACCAUGGAAAAGGAAAAUAUUUCUUCUAAAACAUAUAUCAUUAAAAAAUGAUUAGAUAUUCAAAGAUAAAUGAAUAAUUCAUAAUCUUUCAGCAGCACUUCCCAUUCAUGAAAUGUGAAAACAACAUAACCAUGUUUUUUCUGUGUAAAUAAUUAGACUGCAUGCAGUGUAAACAUUUUAUUCACUAUUAGCCCACUGAGGAAAUGGUCUGAAGCAUGUAAUAAGUUGUAUAUAUCUAUAGGAAAUUAAGGAAACAUGUGUACAUGAUGAAUAUAGAAUUAUGCUACGAAUCAUUUCUCACUCACAUACAUAAUCAUUAUCACUUUGCACCAGUUCAUUUAAAUGGGUACUUUAUUUCUUGAAACAUACCCAAUACAUUUGAACGAGCAAAUGUAUCUUUGUUGUAAUCAUUGCAAUACUGAACAGAUAACAUCCUGUGUGGCUAUCAUAUGGACAGUUUGAUUCUUUUGGGGUAACAGCCACUAGUUACUCAAUGUUCCCUUAUUUGAGGGAUGUGAAAAAUCAUUUGCUGCAUUAAUUUAAGGAAUUCUAAUGUUUUUUUUUUAAAUGAACUGAAUGUUUUCAAGCAUUUCAUUCAUAAACUAUUUAUUUCCUUAUUAUUAUUCAGUCAACAUAACCUAGCAAAUAAAUUAGUGAAGCAUAACUACUCCAAGCUCUGAGGAUUUAACAAAAUACUCAUGCUCUUUAUAUUAGUCCAAGGAUUUUCGGAAAGAUCUGGGCAUCUUUAUCUCCUGAAAACAUUUAUUUUCUUUGACAAGAAUUGUUCAUUCCACCUUAAAAAUCUACUGUUGCCUAUUCUUUGUUGAAAUUUCUGAUAUUAUUUACCAGUCAUUUCCAGAACUAUGGUGUUGCAUGAAGCAUAAUGCAUACUUAAAUUUGUGUUUAUAAACUGUGCUCUUUAAGCAUGACUAAACUGUAACCAUUCAACCCAGUCUGCGCAAGUCAGUGCAUGAUUACUGUGAUCAAAAAGGUGCAAGAUAUUUAAAUUCUUGAAAAGGCUCUUUUGGAAUACCGUAGGUUCAAUAAUUCACUUAUUUACUGUGGGUUAAAUUUUUGAAGAUAUUUAUUUCCAUCUAAUACAGCAUCUUUUUUUUUAUCUUCCUGAAACAUAUCAUUGACAUCAUGUUUUCAACAACUGCAAUGAAGUUGAAGUCUCCCUGGAGCAAGACAUACUGGUGCUUGAGGUGAUGGUAGAAAUGCUGUUAUGGGUGAAGGAUGUCUGUUAUAAUGGCUAUUCCUUCUCUAGCAUAUCAAAUGCUAGGAUUUGGAUAGAUAAUCAGCAAUUUGCCAACAUAAUCUACAAAAAAAUGCAGUGCAAAGGAAGCUCAGUAAAGGUAAACCAUUGGCAGACAAACCUCCAAGCAUUUGUAUCACACAUUUUGCUGUUUCUCAGGGACUACAUAGGAGGUAAUUUGUGAAUAAUCAAAACAUGCCUUUACAGUGAAUGUGCAUUGUGAUGACAGGUGACACAAAUAAAUUCUCUUUGUGAAAGUGUUAUGUUUGUAGCUGAGCUGCAAUCAUCUGUCAGUUAACGUGCAUCUCAAAAAGAAGAUACAUGCGAACACGUUUCUUGUGUUAUUAGUAGGAAAUAAUACUCAUGAACUAAAAUGUGUCAGUGAAACUGCACCAUACAUUUCAUUAGAAAUAUUACAAGUGCAAACAUGAAAGAACUAUUGUUGACAUCGUUCCACAAGGUGGAAGAAGGGAGAACAUUAAAUUGAAGAUUCUUGCACUCAUUUAAGUCAUGUCAAAUGUGUUGCUUGAUUCCUGUAAUUUAGUUAGAAUUUCUUUCACUACUGUAAGAUAUUUUGUCCAAGUGCAUUAAAGGAAAUCAUGCAUUAUAAGGAGCUACUUAGAAGUGUCAUGACAAGAUGCUAUCCCUGUUUUAGCUUUUACUGUUCUUUCUUUUUUUUUUAAGAAAAUUGAAAUCUGCAGAAUUUUUGACUUAUAAGUAUGACAGGGUCACAAUGUAGAUAUUGUGUCAGGUGACAGAGUAAGCCUCAUACUUUGUGAUUAGCGAUGUUUCAUUGUUUGAGCUGAAGAAGAGUUUACACGUGGCAGUUACUCCAGCUUGAUAAAUAAGAUGCCUUCAAAAGGCUCUAAUUUAAUACCAUUAUACAGCAUGCCUGUUAUAUCAAAUGAUUUCAUAUGCAUUUCAAUAAUAUAGCUGUAUUCUUCCUUAAUUGGUUUUACCAAAUGUGAUGUAACUGUAGGCAGUAAUUUAUGAGAAAGUAUUUGUGUUUUGUGAUUAUUAAGUCAUAAUUCUGUGAUUGUAAUAGAAUUAUUGUGAAGAUCCAAAGAAAAUAUAAAUGUUGUUUAUAUAAAAAUGUUUUAAAUGUUGACAUGUGAUUCUUGUUUCUAUGUAUUUUUACAUGUUGUAAAAUAAAGAUGACUACAAGUUUUACUGCA